AUUAUAUAAGUUUGUUUUUAUAACCCAAGUGAGGAAGGUAUUUUCUUCCUGUUUGGCAAAUCUCCGCAUAUAUAUAACUGCGUAAAUCGCUCACGAUAUAUGAUUGAAAUCGAUAAUCUUUAUUUGUUUUACAUUGGAAAAUGUUUCAUUGUAUUACAUUGGAAAAUACUCAAAAUGCAGGAGUAAAUACGUAACACCAUAUUUCAGCUCGAUUGUGGUGAAAAGAUGAAGCUUAUUUGAGUCAUUCACGAGUCGACUGUUUCGAAGUUCAGUUGCAAUAUGAGGAAACAUGAUCGUGGCCGUUGUAGCGCUAAUAUGUUCAUUGGAGAUUGAAACAUCAUGGAAAUGUCUAUAUUAAUGCUGGGUGUCAUGGUCUCAUGUGUUACACAUAUUACAGUUAAAGCAUCUGAACUAGAUGCAUACGACCAACAAAACGCCACCACAAACUGCUCCUUUAAGGUAUGGGAACAAAGUAAAAACUUCUAUGAAAGCAGACUCAUUGCAUUAAAACCAAAUUUUAUGCAUUUUACACUGGAACUUGGCAACUAUACGUACAACUCGACCCCAGGCAUUUUUCGUCCACUUCAUUGGGUGUGGACUUACUCCUCACCUACGGUGAGUUAUCCGUAUUUAGCAUGGAACAUCGAUCACGGACUUCUUUCUUUUUCGCUAUUGGACGUAAAAACCGUUGUUAUUCCGUUUGUAAAACUCAUAGUAGAGAACAAAUGUGAUGUUAACUUUGGGACUUUUGGUACUACAUACGGAAUUGUUAAAGCCUUGUCUGGUCUUAUUACGAAUAUGUCGAAUGAAGAUUAUCACAGGUAUGAGGAAAGUUACUUCUGCUAUUUGGCAGAGGCUCCAGGUAUCCGAGAGAGAAUGGAAUAUUAUGCGGCACUAUAUUUACUUUAUCCAAUUUCCUUCUUGAACUAUAACUGUUGUGUACUGUGGUACAGCUACUUCGAAGAAAGUUAUAUACAGAAUUGCACAAAUGAACAACCGAGUAAAUGGGAACAAUGCAAGCUAGGGCCAUAUAUUCUCGGAAUUAUAAUUUUUAUGUACUUUCCUAUUCUCCUGCUUGAUGUUUGCGCAUGGCUAUCUAAAGAUGAACACAUUAUUCAACACAAUGUGGAGUUGACAAAUGAAAUGCAGGACGGGUAUGAACCACUAGACAACGACGAAAAGGACUGGGUUUACCUGAAUGGAAAUCCACCUCUAACUAUGUUAGAAUCAUUCAGCUUUCUGUUUUGUGGUAUGAAUCGUAACCACCCAGUUUUGGUAUCAAGAAUUCGGCGGGUUAUUUGCAUUUUGCUGGCUCCAUGCGUCGUUUUCAUACAAAUUGUUAUGUAUUCUCACGGUAUUGGAACAGCCGAAGCUAAAAUAACUGUUAAUGAGUUAGUAAAUUUUGGAAUGCCGAUGGGAUUUCUUUCCCUUCUUGCAGAUAGAAAAGAUCGGAUUAAAGUAUUUGCACCACUGUUUGGAGGACCAGUGUGUCUUCUGAUCAUGUAUUACAUUUUGGCACUGGUCUUUCUCGUAUUUCCUCGUAGCCUCAAGCAAAUUGUAGAACGAGGAAUGCCAGAUAGUAAUAUACCAUCUCCGUUCUUCCUUCAUGUAGACGAGAUCAUCAAAUUAUCAAUGCUUUCGGAAACAACUGAGCCGGGGUAUAAAAAUGCUGCCCUUGCCUGCAAAUGCAGCAUAUACAUGCUCUUCAACACAAUGUUCUGGGAAAGAGUUCUUGAAAUUCAAAAAGAACGAUUUUGCACGAUUCCGUUUAAUACUUCAAGACUAAUAUGUUCUUUGAAGGUUAUCGUUUUCCCAUUUUAUCUAUUGUUUUGCUUUCUGGAAAUCAUUUUAUGUAUAGUUUUCUAUGCGUUACCGGUAUUUGGUUUAGUUACAAUAAUGGUUAAAGGGGCUGUCAAAUCAUUCUUUAUGAGUCGAGUCCGGAGCAGACAUGUUUCAUUCAUAUUCAGAAACCCAUUAUCUAUCAUGUUUGGAACUAUCACUGUUAUUGCGAUGUUUCUGUUUUUCAUUUAUUCCGUGUGUUUGAUUUUUAUAGAAAGUUUUUCAUUCAUUUCUCAGAUUAUAAUUUUCUGUUUUGUUGCAGUAAUUGUUUACCCUUCUGUGGCGUUCGGUUAUCUGUUUUUCUUUGUGGUUUUGCUCUACUAUAUGGUCCGUUUGGUCAAAGAUUUCAGCGAUGGAUACUUAGAGUUGCUGUCGAUUGCAGUUGAAAAAUCAAACGAUUUGUAUGGUCAAAUUAAUCAUAUGUCUGUAUUUAAUGGCGAGUUACUUUUGACAAACGUUCAAGUACAUGAGAUCCGAGGAAUUCGUGUCAACGAUCAGAGACUUGAUAUUCCCCAAAAUGUUUUACAAAGAUUUAAUAAGGGCAACAGUGUAAAACGAAUUGUUGAGAAGGAUAGUAUUUUUGGGAUUCCAAAACGUUUGUUCGAUGUUCUCGUUAAAGUGCACAGACCAGUGCAUAUACAAGUUCUGAAGAUAUUUUUUCAACUUGUUUUUGUCAUAUGCUUAGUCAUUAUUACAAUGAGUAUAACUUCAAAAUUUGCGACAGGUGCGACUUCAGAAAUAUCUGACGUCAUGCACGUUAUUUUCAUUGUUACAGUGGGAGCGUUACCGCGCGUUCUUGAAGUUGCUUUCAUGAAUUCAAGCGAGUCAUUAAAGCGUGAAAUUUCAAUACGACGUAUUGAGCAAACAAUAAAACAAUUUUGGUUGCUAGAAGCAGACGAUGGCUUUAUAAUUGAAGCAUAAGGUGAAAUCAUAGGCAUUAUACUAAAAGUAACCUGAUAUAUCAUAAUGAGUGAGAAAAGAAGGUUAUCAAUCAAUUGAAUUAAAUCAAAGAAAUUAAGGUUCCAAAUUGUCAUAGUCUGGUAUCUUUGUAUCUCAAAAAGUGAUUCAACAUCCUGCUAGACUAUCUCAAAAUCUGAUUCUUGAAGUUCCGCUUUACAAAGUUUGGAAUCUCUGUAUUCUCGUUACCUCCCUUAAGUUAUUAGUGAAAUAGUUAGGUUACUUUGAUUUUAGUUUCCUCCCUUGAAUUUCUAUUGGCAUGGUGUUUGGCAUCGUUACAUUUCAAAAUGUGAUUUUAGUUUCCUCUCCCUUGAAUUUCUGUUGACAUAAUUCGGUAUCUUGACUUUGCAUAUCGAAGUGUGAGUUUCUAUUGACAAAGUUUAGUGUCUUUGCAUCUCAAAGGGAAAUUCUAGUGUUUCCUCCCUUGAAUUUCUAUUGACGUUAUUCUGUAUCUUUACAUCUCAAAGUUUGAUUCUAGUUCCCACACUUGUGUUUCUAUUGACAUAGUUUGGUUUCUUGUAUCUCAAAAUGGGAUUUCUAGUUUUCGUCAUUGACGUUACAUUUGCAUACAGACCAUUCCAUCAAGCGAACAUGUUACGUUUUUGCCCUUUUGAAACCUUGUUAAUUAUCAAUUGGGGGCUACAUCGAUAAUAUCCUGUCACUUAUGUUUUGAGAAUAGAUUUAAGUGAAAUGAUUUGAACAUUAAUUGCAAACGUGUAAAACUCUUGUUUUGUUUUGUUUUUUUUUUCUCAGAUAUUAAAUGCGCUGUAACAUAAUACACAUUUUCUGCAGUUAUCAUAAUUAGUCAUUUAUAUCACAAUAAGUCAUUUGUAAAAUAUAUACUCAAGUAACGUUUACUUUUAAAUUCUCAUUUUUUUUUCAUACACAGCUGAAUUCUGGGGCACAUCAAAAUACUUGCAUUUAGUUAUUUGUAUAUUUUUAAUAUAUUAUGUACUAGUUUUUUUGUAACUAUCGGUCUACAAAAUAUCAUGUUGACUACCUUUGCUAAUACAUGUAUAAUGACAUCAUUACGGAAAGAGAGACAAUGAUGUAAAACCGAAUGAAAAAUAAGUAAAUGGAAACAUAUAAUAAAAGGCAACGUUCAAAGAAUAUGUAUCGCAUCAGGCAGAUAUCCAGUUUUGUACUGAUCAUGAAAUGACUAUACAUCUUAUUCCCGGACAGAACAGUUUUGAAACAUAUCACGAGCAACUUGU